AUGUCGCUUGCAGAAAAUGCGGCGGAUGAAGAAAAGGUUAGUGAUGUUGAAUCAGCGAAAGAAGCAUGGGAAAUUCUUGAAAAUUUGUUUGGAGGCACAGAAAAGGUUCUUGCUACGAUUUUAACUUUGUGGUUAGCAGACAAAUCUGGUCGCCGGCUUUUACUUAUUGUUUCUUCAUCUGCAAUGGCUUUGAGUCUUUUGGUUGUUUCAAUAUCAUUCUACUUGAAGGAAUAUAUAUCACCAGAUUCUGAUUUAUAUGCGACAUUGAGCCUCGUAUCGGUGGCUGGAUUUGUGGUCAUGGUUAUUGCAUUCUCUCUGGGAUUAGGAGCAAUGCCAUGGAUUAUAAUGUCUGAGAUUCUUCCGAUUAACAUCAAAGGCCUAGCUGGAAGUUUUGCAACACUUGCCAAUUGGUUCUUUUCCUGGUUGGUUACAUUAACAGCAAAUUUGCUCUUGGAUUGGAGUUCGGGAGGAACCUUCACAAUAUAUACUGCAGUGUGUGUUUUCACAGCAGGAUUUGUUGCCAUUUGGAUCCCCGAGACAAAGGGAAAAACUCUUGAAGAAAUACAACAGUUUUUCAGAUUAAGUUUCCUUUCGAGUAGUACUUCAGCUAGUGUUCACUCAUGUAUUCACAUUCAUAUUUUUUUCUUCUGA